GAUCUCAGACUUCUGCCCCCUAGAACUGUGAGAGAGUUCAUUUCUGUUGUUAAAGCCCCCCAGUCUGUGGUACUUUGUUAUGGUGGCCUGAGCUAACGAAGUCAGACCUCAAGCUUUUACUUUCGGGGCCCUGAGUUGUCAGAGUCCUUGUACUUGUACUGUCUGCCUCUGUCACCACCAGCAUUCCUCAGCCUGUGGCUCUCCCAUUCUUGCCCCUUGGUCUCUGGGCAUGGAGCCAGAGGGUUGUCCGGAGGCUCCAGGGCAAGGACACCUUGCCUGCCAUGCUGCCAGCCAGGAUGUGGGGUCGAACUUUCCAGAAGCAGUCAUGGAGGAACAGCAGUCAGACUCUUUCACCAUGCCUUAUCCAAAGAAUUGACCACAUUGUGAUGACAGUAAAGAGUAUCAAAGACACCACCAUGUUUUAUUCCAAGAUCCUGGGCAUGGAAGUCACAACUUUCAAGGGUGACCGGAAAGCAUUGUGCUUUGGAGAACAGAAAUUGAACCUCCAUGAGGUGGGAAAGGAAUUUGAACCUAAAUCUGCUCACCCAGUUCCCGGCUCCCUGGAUAUAUGUCUGAUCACAGAGACACCUUUGGAGGAAAUGGUCCAGCACCUUAAGGCUUGUGAAGUUCCCAUUGAGGAGGGUCCGGUCCCCAGAACAGGGGCAAAAGGACCCAUUAUGUCCAUCUACUUCCGAGACCCUGAUGGAAACCUAAUUGAGGUGUCUAACUACAUCUCCCCAUGAUUCAGGGCUGGCCCUCCUUCAUUCUGUUCCCUGCCAUGUCUCCCUCUCCCUUCCUUCCUACAAACUCUCACCUAAGCCCAGAAAUCUCCAAGGACCUGGGCAUUUCACUCUUCCUACUCUAGGGGGGUGGGUUGCUGAUUUGGGUUGGGGACCAAAACUACCUGCCUGAAUAUCCCCCAUCCACGGUUCCCCCUAAUAAAUUAAUAACCUCUCAGUGAGUACGACCUCUUCAUUACUAUUGUCUCAGGGUUACAGAGGGAUGUUUGUCUAGGGUGUGAGGUCUCUGUCUGGGGGCCAGUGACCAGUGUACAACAUCUCUGGAGACCAAAUCCAGGGCCAUCCCCUUGGGAUUCAGGGUCCUGACAGAUUUCUCCUUGUUAGUGAGCCCAACAUUUUUCAUCCGUUUGGAAUUCACUUCACCCCUUCCAAGUGCUGCCUGCUGUGUUCUCCAGCCCAGAGGCCCCGCUGAACUUCAAGAUCUCUGUGAGUCCCAUGGAAGCUUCAAGGAGUGCCCCAGAUGACACUACCUCUUCCUGGAGUGUCUCCUCUGACCACACCCAUAGGGUAUGCAGUCCUUUCUACCUUUGGAACAGUUAGGUCCAGACUCGUUUCAAUUGAGGCUCAGCUCUUGACAGAGCAGACAGACAAGGACAAAUCUCAUCUGUGUCUGUCCUCCCCCGCAACCAACACCAUCCAUUCAGUCAACUAAUAAACACAU